GUAGUUCAAUAACAUUCACUUUUGAUGUGCCAUUGUCACUUACUGCUGCAGUGGUAGAGAUAGACAAUGUGUGGUAGUGAAGUGGAGAGGAAGAUGAAGACAAAAGUAGUUCAAACAUUCACUAUUGAUGUGCCAUUGUCACUUACUUCCUGCAGUGGUAGAGAUAGACAUUCCUGUAGUGGUAGAGAUAGACAAUGUGUGGUAGUGAAGUGGAGAGGAAGAUGAAGA